CGCAAAAUUGAAUCCCGUGGCGGGGAAUCGAGACGACAGCAACGUUUUACUUUCCAUUCAGCCGCUGCUGGAUAGUUUUACUGGUAAAUGUUUUUGUUUUUAAUCUGAACUUGAAGAUGGUUGAAGGUCCGGGGUGCACGUUAAACGGAGAGAAAAUCCGCUCUAAAGUCCAAAAAGGACAGAAAUGGAAGGAAACCAGAGGCAGCUUGAUAACAUCCACCAAAAACAACCCUUCUGGAAAUGCCUUCCACGGUUUUGUUGGUUGUCCGUACACCGGAGUGGAAACUCUGGGCAAGGAGCUCUUCAUGUCCUUUGGUGCAAGAACGUUGAGAGUCCAUUUUGGGAUGAAUGGAUCAAUGCGUAUAAACCCUGCUGAGAGGAAGGAUAGGACCAGCUCUGCACCGGUGCUGCAAAUACACCUGACUAACGACACGGUGUGCUUCUUUGACAGCACGGUGGAAAUAAGGUUGACAAAGGACUGUGAGCAAAGGGUGAGGGCCUUGGAGAGUCUGGACGUGUGCUCCUCCAAGUUCAGCUUAUCCCGCUCCGUGGAGGCGGUGAGGACCCAAAGCAGCAGGAUGCUGUGCGACGUUCUCCUCGACCAGGCCGUCAUGCCAGGAGUCGGCAACAUCAUUAAAAACGAAGCCCUGUUUGACUCGGGCCUCCACCCGGCCGUGAAGGUCCAACAGUUGACAGACGAGCAGAUCCACCACUUGGUGAAGAUGACGCGUGAUUUCACUCUUCUGUUUUGCAAGUGUCGCAAAUCUGGCUCUCCCCUCUACAAACAUUACAAAGUCUACAAGCGUCCCCGGUGCGGCCAGUGCUUUCAUGUCAUCGCAGUGUGUCGUCUCGGAGACAAUGGCAGGAUGACUUACUUCUGCGAGAGCUGUCAGAAGGGAGAUCCCAGCGGGGUCGACGUCAGUAAGCUCCCGGUCAGGAACAGUUUGAUUAGCUGGGCCUACAGUGAGAGGACCAAUGAUAACGUGGCUAAGAGGGAGGAAGAGGACUGGGCCUGUCAGCUCUGCACGCUCAUCAACCAGCCAGCAGCAAAAGCCUGUGAUGCCUGCCUCACUCCAAGACCGGAGGUCCACAAAGAUGACAUUAACACUGAGGCAUCACCCUUCACCGCUGAUUUGAUUAAAUACCCCUGCACUGCCUUCAAGAAGCCACAGGAGGAGCUCAAAGUCAACUGGAGGUCUGCGUUCGGGACUUCCACCCUUGUUUUCUCUGACUUGAGCAAGAAGCCAAAGCCUGUAAACUCCCCACUCUCCCCAGCCGGCAGUCAUUUGAAUUCCUUGGCGGCAGAGCGAGGUUUAUAUAAAUACAGCGUCUGCCAAGGGACAACAAGCCCCAAUUAUGCCUCUGGUGGCUGGCAGAGGCAAAGUGCCGAGCUCUCCAAUGGGGAAUCACUGGCCUCCUACAGUCACCCAUCCAAGAAAAUGAGAAUUGAUCACAGCCCCUUUCCCAGUAACAAUGCUCAAAAUGGAGCCCCCAACUCCGGUAUGCGCAAAACAGAAGCGACGCGCCGCAGCCCCUCCGCUUCUUCCAGUCCCAGUGCCCCGUGUUGUGCAUCGCAUCGUCGCCCGGCUGUCCUCAGAACGGUCCACAAGGACGGGGAGAACAAGGGACGACGGUUCUACGCCUGCUCGCUUCCCAGAGACACCAAGUGUAACUUCUUCGAGUGGGCUGACUCGCACUUCCCCUUUUGUCACCAUGGGAAACGCUGUUUAAUGAGGACCGUUCUGAAAUUGGGACCCAACAACGGCCGGAAUUUCUACAUUUGCAGCUUUCAAAAGGGUAAACAGUGUGACUCUUUCCAGUGGGCAGAGAAUGGACCAGGGGUUUCAAUACUUCCUGGUUGUUGAUGUUCUACUUCUACUGGAAACUCUGUUUAUAUGUUCAUUUAAAUACAUGGGUAUAAAUAUGAUAUAGAAAGAGACUCUUUAACUCAUAAUUAAUGUUGUAAAAUACACAGAUUUGUACUGAACAACUGUUAAAUGGAGAAUAUCUAUCAACUGUAUGACCUUUAGAUCAUGCCCAACCGCUUGUUUGUACAAAAAUGUGCAUUGUAUUUGUAUCAUGUCUUGGUAUGUUAAUCUUUCAAAUAUGUGUUUCAAAGUUGUCGUGAGAAUGAUGAAUAAAUACAGAAUGAAAACAAGUAAAAGCAGAAACAAUUACUUUUAUUUUUUUUUUGUAUGGAGAGUGUUAAUUCAUGCAAGUACAUAGAAGAGAUGCACACGGUCGAACAACAUUUAAAAGCAGUCCACAGAUUUCAGGAUUGGUGAGCUGGACUCUGAGUUUGACACCAUGUAGUGAAACUGGGACAAGCCCGGGACUUUGUUACAGGCGGCACCUU